AUGUUCUUUUCUUCCCUCAGCUUCACCGUCGUCCCUCUCGCCCCUGCCACCAUCAACGAGGAGCCUGUCUCUUGCCUCGACCUGACCGGUGCUGACGUCAUCGUCACCCCCGCACCCUUCGCCGCCUUCGAGGCCUCCUUCAGCCAAUCCCAGUCCGCUGCCCACCCCGCCCUCAAGGCCGUCUCUCGGAACGAGUUCAUCGCUGCCACCCACAAGACCAUGAGGAGGCUCCUCCAGGGCAACGGUACCUUCACCGUCCAGCCCGUCAAUGGUGCUUGCGCCAAUGGCCUCAACCCUUGCUACUCCAGCGGAGGAUCCACCCUCACGUGCUGCGUGGUUGCCUGCUCCGGCCAGUUCGGUGGCCCUAUCGGUCCCAACGACAACAGGGCUCUUUGCUCUACCCCGAACGGUGGUCUGGACUUCCCCGCUGGUGCCACCACGCCCCGCCCCACCACGCCUAUCUCAACCACCGCCCCGGGUAGUGUCCCCCCCGUCGACGGCAUAUGCGGCAACCCCAACUUCAGCCAGCCGUGCCUCGCUGCUGGUGCUGGCGCCCCGUCCAUCUGCUGCGCGGCUUCCGGCUUCCAGUGCGCCGGAACCACCGGACCCACCCCCUUCUGCGCACCCAUCUAA